AUGAACUGCUGAAAACAAGGAUGCAGCCAAAAAUGUGAGUUUUUAUGCCUGCAUGGAGGGAGCCAAGCCUAUUUAACCCAUUUAUGUAAAACCUCUUAUGAGCAUCAUUCUCUUGACUAUAAGAUAGAAUUAAGCAGCUAGCUUGAUCAGAAGUUUCUAUUCAUUAUAAAAAGAGAUAUGCCAAAGUCACAUUAAGGAUCAUUUAAAUUCAGACAUAAGCAUAUGCCAUGACAUUGAUGGACUUUAUGCCCAGCCUAAUAUCGAUACAAAAUUUUCUCUAAUUAAAUAUCUCCAAAGCCUGCUAUCAAACUCUGAAAACUUGAAGAAUCAAUUGGUCAGAGAACUGAGAGACAAAAUUCAAGCCAUUUCCACCUUAUACAGCCAGCAACUAAAAAAAAUAAACGAAAUUGAAUGGGAAUAUCAGUUAUUAAUUAAAAAACUCAUACAAGUUAAAGAAAUCCCAAGAAUUUCUCCUAACAAACUUGAAGGUUUAUUAGUUUUGCCCUCUAAAACAGCGCUGGAAAGGUUCCACAACUUUGAGUAUGUCACCAAAGGAAUAAGACUUGGCUUAAGCCCGUAUCACAAAGCUGAAAUUUUCGUAUUUAAGCAAUAUUCCAGAAAUUUAUUAAGAUUAUCCCUAGAUAGCCUACAAACUGUCGUCCGCAACUUGCCUGAACUAGAAACAACGAUUGAAAACCAUAUUUCUUUAUGCAAGCUUCCAAAUAAUAAAAUUUUUUGCUAUGGGAAUAUUUGACCAGAAAUUUCGAGUUCUUUGUCUUCGCCUAGAGGGACAUCAUUUGUAAUUAAUGAGGAUUUUUCAAUCAUACCUAUAAAAGAUGGGAAACCUCGGAGUGGGGCGACUUCAGUUUAUUAUGAAAAUUCUGUUUAUGUAUUUGGGGGGUGAAGCACAAAAUUACAUAUUAUUGAUAGAAUUACGGAUUCUGCUGAUAAAUUUGAUAUUGAAAAAGGGGUUUGAGAAGCUUUAAAUAGAAUGCCUGAGCCUUCGAUUUACGUAUAUACUUUAGUUUACAAUGAUUCGAUAUUGCUUUCAGGAUAUAAUCAUCAUAAAUUGUAUUGCUAUAAUAUUAUAGACAAUGAUUACUCGGAGCUUUUGGAUUUGAGGGAAAAAUGUAAUAAGGUGAUUUUUGAAUGGAAUUACAGCUUAUACGUGAUAGAAUCUGGAGGAAAUAUUUGAAAAAGCGAUAAUAAUAUUUUGGAAUGAAGAUGGCUUAGAAACUGUAUUGCAUUUGGAGAAGUUUUAUCUUAUCAUUCAACCUUCAAGUGGUCGAUCUUUUUCUUAGAUAGUAAUUAUUGGCUUUAUAAAUUCAGGCUUAGUAAAGAGAAGCUUGAAAAAAUAAAACAAAUAAUAUAA